AGGGCUUGUUCUGAAAACUGCUGCGGAAAAAUCACUAAGUAGAAGUAAAGUAUGAAAUGAAAAUGAAAAAGAGGAAAUAGUGUCACAAAAAAAACCUACGGCCAUGUGGGCUGUGCCCAAGCCAGGUUGGAUGCACCACAACAAAAGGAGAAAGCGCAAGAAUAACUUCCACGAAAACAAGUCCUCCCAGGUGAUGAGAACGUGGGUGCUUCUUAUGAUUUGCACUUUCCCGAGCUUUUUUAAAAUGAAAGAAAAGAAAGGAGGGCGGUAAAGAGGAAGGCCCGUAGCGAACACGAAAAACUAACAGCAAGGGUGCAAAAACGCCCGCCUGCGCCGAGUCCGCUGCCUGCCGGGGCCACGUGACAAGACCAAGAUGGCCGACGGGGAAGACCAGUGCCGGGCGGGGCAGGAGCCGGGUCCGGACCCGGGAGAAGAGUUUGAGAUCGUGGACCGGAGCCAGCUGCCGGGCCCAGGCGAACUGCGGAAGGCGGCGAAGCCGCGUGCGGCGGCGGAAGGCUGGUCGGCGCCCAUCCUCACCCUGGCGCGCAGGGCCACCGGCAACCUGUCGGCGAGCUGCGGCACCGCGCUACGCGCGGCCGCUGGGCUGGGCGGCGCGGACGGCGGCGCGAACGGCGCGGCGCGCGCAGCUUCCAAGUGCCAGAUGAUGGAGGAGCGUGUCAACCUGAUGCACAUGAUGAAACUCAGCAUUAAGGUCUUGCUCCAGUCCGCCCUGAGCCUGGGCCGCAGCCUGGAUGCAGACCAUGCCCCCUUGCAGCAGUUCUUUGUAGUGAUGGAGCACUGCCUCAAACAUGGGCUGAAAGUUAAGAAGAGUUUUAUUGGCCAAAAUAAAUCUUUCUUUGGUCCUUUGGAGCUGGUGGAGAAACUUUGUCCAGAAGCAUCAGAUAUAGCCACUAGUGUCAGAAAUCUGCCAGAAUUAAAGACAGCUGUGGGAAGGGGCAGAGCUUGGCUUUAUCUUGCACUCAUGCAGAAGAAACUGGCAGAUUAUCUGAAAGUGCUUAUAGACAAUAAACAUCUCUUAAGUGAGUUCUAUGAGCCUGAGGCAUUAAUGAUGGAGGAAGAAGGGAUGGUGAUUGUUGGUCUGCUGGUGGGACUCAAUGUGCUUGAUGCCAACCUCUGUUUAAAAGGAGAAGACUUGGAUUCUCAGGUUGGAGUGAUCGAUUUUUCUCUCUACAUUAAGGAUGUGCAGGAUCUUGAUGGUGGCAAAGAGCAUGAAAGAAUUACUGAUGUCCUUGAUCAAAAAAAUUAUGUGGAAGAACUUAACCGGCACUUAAGCUGCACAGUUGGGGAUCUUCAAACCAAGAUAGAAGGGUUGGAAAAGACUAAUUCAAAGCUUCAAGAAGAGCUUUCAGCUGCAACAGACCGAAUAUGUUCACUUCAAGAAGAACAGCAACAAUUAAGAGAACAAAAUGAAUUAAUUCGUGAGAAAAGCGAAAAAAGCGUAGAGAUAACAAAACAGGAUACAAAAGUUGAGCUGGAGACUUACAAGCAGACUCGGCAAGGUCUGGAUGAAAUGUACAAUGAUGUGUGGAAGCAGCUGAAGGAGGAGAAGAAAGCCCGUUUGGAACUAGAAAAAGAACUGGAGCUACAAAUUGGAAUGAAAACCGAAAUGGAAAUCGCAAUGAAGUUACUAGAAAAGGACACCCACGAGAAGCAGGAUACUCUAGUUGCCCUGCGCCAGCAGCUGGAGGAAGUCAAAGCAAUUAACUUACAGAUGUUUCACAAAGUUCAGAAUGCAGAGAGCAGUUUACAACAGAAGAAUGAAGCCAUCACAUCUUUUGAAGAAAAAACCAAUCAAGUUAUGUCCAGCAUGAAACAAAUGGAAGAAAGGUUACAGCACUCAGAGAGGGCGAGGCAGGGGGCCGAGGAGCGGAGCCACAAGCUGCAGCAGGAGCUCGGCGGGAGGAGCAGCGCUCUGCAGCAGCAGCUCUCCCAGCUGCACGAGCAGUGCUCAAGUCUAGAGAAAGAGUUGAAAUCAGAAAAAGAGCAAAGACAGGCUCUUCAGCGAGAAUUACAGCAUGAGAAAGACACUUCCUCUCUACUCCGAGCAGAGCUACAGCAAGUAGAAGGAUUAAAAAAGGAGCUGCGGGAGCUCCAGGAUGAGAAGACAGAGUUACAGAAGGUUUGUGACGAGCAGGAACAAGCCCUCCAGGAAAUGGGUCUGCACCUCAGCCAGUCAAAGUUGAAGAUGGAAGACAUCAAAGAAGUAAAUAAGGCACUGAAGAUAAGAAAAUGCUGCUCAGAGCCAUGUAACUUAGCUGAGAUGAUGAUGCUGCAAGUGGCAGGGCCCAAGCUGGAACCAAGGUCCUCUGGUUCUGGUUUCUCUGCUGUCAGCUGUAGUUUGACAUUAGGCCUAGAUCAUAGGUGCCCUAACAAAGGAAAUGAAAAGUGGCAGAAAAAGAUCCAGGGCCAUACUUGGCUGAAAGACGAUGAAGCCACGCACUGUAAGCAGUGUGAAAAGGAGUUUUCCAUUUCCCGGAGAAAGCACCACUGCCGGAACUGUGGCCACAUCUUCUGCAACACGUGCUCCAGUAAUGAGCUGGCCCUGCCCUCCUACCCCAAGCCAGUGCGAGUGUGCGACAGCUGCCACACCCUGCUCCUUCAGCGUUGCUCCUCCUCCACUGGCUCCUAAGGGCCAAUUUGACUUCAUCUUCUGAUUCAAGUUCAACAAAAGCCUCGCCACUCGGUCUGCCUUCUCUGGUGUAGAUGAAACGAAUACCUUGAGCCCCAUUUUGAAUUUUGCAGUCUGGAAAGAAAACAACCGUUAAUACAGAAUUUAAAACUAAAAACCACCUCUGGGGGAUGAAAUGCCUAUACACAACCCCACUACAAAGCAGAGCAUUUGCAAAACCUAAA